AACAAUGGCCGAUGGGUAGGAAAUCCCUUUCUAAUUAUAUGAAAUUCAAGAUUACAAUCAAGAUGUUAGUACAAUGGAUAUUUACUAUAUAUAAAUGUGUAAAUGUCUUUCAACUUAUUUUAAAGUAGACUUUUAAAGCUAUUAUACAAACUCAACCAAGUAGAACAGAGCUUUGCGACACAUGACUUCAUCGGAUAUUUUACUACCUUGAACAGUGCGUUUCGGUUUUCGACUCCACCCGUUGAGUGGAAAUUUGUGGAAUUUGGAAAUUAGACAUCUGCUUAUUUUAAAAUGGCAGCUUCUAGAAGCACGUGUGGUACUGUGAUGCUUGUUGCAGGGACUUGUUUCACAAUACUCACAUUGAUUUUUGUUGCUAUUUCCUUUGCAACAGACUAUUGGAUAUCAUAUACAGUUAAAAGAGAUAACUUAUCAAACAUUGUGAAAAAUGCAGAAGCAACAAAUGGCAGAUACACAUUUUCCCGUAACCGUGGACUUUUUAGAGAGUGUUACCCAAAUGCUUCUGAUGCCUUUUUGUCAGCCCAGUCAGCUGAUGUAUCCGACGGGGAGUGUUUUAAAGUAGACUUGGAUAUCCCAGAUGCUACAGCAGAUAGUCUGACAAAUCAUUACAUAUCAAGAAUACAUUUACUUAGAUCCUGCAUAGCUUUCAUCGCAGUCGGGUUAUUUUUAAUCCUCGUAACAUUUAUUGUUGGAUUAAUUCCACUAAGUUGCAGCAGACGAUCGAAAUGGGCUUUUACGGCGGGCUUUUUAGCUUUCUUAGUUGCCUUUUUCGUUGCUGGAGGAAUGGCAUUUUUCCAUGGAGCCGAAUAUCUUGAAAAAAGAAAAAUAACAGAUUCAAUAGAUGGCGGUAAAAUCAUGUAUUACCAAUCGUGGGCAGACGACAUAAAAAUCAAUACUGAUAGUGAUUACGAUUGGUCAUACGCUUUGGGAUGGGUUGGUGUCGGAUGUGCCAUAAUCACCGCCAUCUUUUACGUCAUCGGCGGAUUUUACGUAGGUGAUGAACGCUACGAAGACCGUGAAUACCUCGAUAAGUCGUCGUCACGUGGUCGUGGACAAGAUUACGCAAUGGGCAAUGGAUACGACAACAGAGCCUUCCCUCCACAGAUGAUGGACCGUCCCUACCCAGGAGCAUACCCAUACCCAGGACAAGGAUAUCCCGUUCCCCCACCACCAAUGGCUUAUCCACAAGGCCCAUAUGUACAAGAUCUGGAUAAUGGACGACAAUUACAACCUAUGCCAUACUGGUCAUGGAGUUAAAUUUAAAUGGCGGGAUUCAUCGCCGUGGUGCAUUUAUAUGCGUGAUUUUACAAUAUAUACCGUAGAUAUUUGUCUGGAAUCUAGCUUUUAUUCAUUAACUACAAAGUGCGUUCUAACAUCCUUGCUAGUAUUUAUCACUUCAACUAUGCAGAGAAAAUAUAAGGAUAUUGAUCCACACAUUGUCUUACGGCAAACCGUGUUGUAAUCACAAGCACCUUACAUAAAAAUAUGAUAUUAUUUAAUUAAUUUUCCCUGGCUGGACAUUACUAAAAUAUUGCGUUAGCAAGUUGUGUGGUAGAGAAUGCAAUAUUUCAGUUUGUACGUUGAUGCAAGUUAGUUUAUAUGUUCUCAUUUCAAUACCACUAUUUUAAUUUGUAAUGUUUCAUAUGUCGAAAUUGCAUACUAAGCAUACAAAAAUAUUAUCAAUUUUCAAUCAGCUCAAAAUUCUCGGGAAGGUUAAAUUAAUGGUGUUAUAUGUUUUCGAAAGUUUGAUAUUUAGUAAAGCAUUAGGUGAACUGUUUUAAUAUACGAUGAGAUUAGGACCAGUGAAAAAACAAGCAUAAUUUUCUUUUACUAUUGUUAAUGCCAUAUUUUAGUUAUAUUUUUGUAAGAGUUUUAUUGUGUAUGUAUAUGCAUGGCUGUGUGCAUUCUUAUAUAUACUUCUUUUUUUAAACAUUCAACCCAAAGUUAAACAAUCUAAAGAACAUAUACUUUGAGUACGAGCUAGCAUAACUCUUGUUAUAUAAAGGCACUGAAUUGAUACGGUAAACAAAAAAUAACAAAUUUUACACAAAGCAAAGUCACCUGACAUAGACUAAAAUAAACAAAAUAUAUUCGAAGCACUUAAAAUCUGGUACCAUUUUUCGUAAAUAAUCAUUUAUUUUAGUCUAUGCAUUUUUAUUUGUGUAUCUUUUUAAUAGAUUUAUACACUAAGUCUUGUAUAUGUUUUAAAAAGACUUUUACAUGACAAAAUAAUCAUAUACUACCAUGGCUUCAUAUAUUCAUUGAUAUAUCAGAGACAUAUAUAUAUAUAAACUGAGAUCAGAAACCACGAUUUUAUCAAUUCUUCCAGAUUUCACAUGAGAAAACUAUACAAAAAAACUUCCAUUGGUGUCUUUAGUCUAAAUCAAGAAAUUAAAACUUUUAGAUUUACGCAAAAAUGAAUACAAAUCGAGUUAGUGACACUCUUGAUAUACCAAAAACAAGAUUUUGACGCAGUUUCUUAAAUCGAAUUUCAUAUAUGUCUCUGAUUUAAAAAAGAAAUUAAAAAGUAUUUUACAUAAAAUAAAAGUUUUACUCACCAAUUAUAUAAUGUUUUUUUUUAUAGUUAUAUGUUUAUUUUAUAAAAAUUUAUAUAAUUGUCUUCUUAUCGAAACUCAUUCGUUUUGUAUAUAUACUAUAUAUAUCAUACUGCAACCGUAUUUCCGCCACUGCCUUCUUGUAAGCAAUAGAGCAUGUAUGAUAUUUCAAACAAGUGUCUCAUAUCAAAAUUCACCAUACCGGAAUUCUAGUCCACAUCAUUAAUAAACACAUAUUUUCUGUUAAUUCAAAUUUGAGUAAUUUACAGGACUAGGAUUACAUACAACAUCAUGUCAUGAGUUUUAUAGAAAACAUCAGUUUAAUGGUGUCUUUUAUUAAUGCAUUCUAAUCUAAAUCCGUUAACAGGUUUAGGUUCUUUUUUGAAUUUGAGGAGAGGGAAUUCAAUUCUCCAAAAUUUUUUAACAACAUACAUUUCGUUUCAUUGUUUUUAUCAUAAAUAUUUUAUAAAAUGUAUCAUCUAUAAAAGCAAUAAAAUAUACGAACUUCU